AUGAGAAGAACAGGUAUACUCUCUAACCGUUGGAAAAAUCUCUGGCGAUCAGUACCCAAAGUUGUUUUCAAUGAUUAUCAGUUUCACAAAAUUGAAAAUUUGGAUUCUCUUCCUUAUUAUGAUGUUGAUAACUCUGUUCCUGAAUUUUAUAAAUGUGUCAAUGAAACCCUAAGUCAACUUCAGUUAGAAACACUUGAUGAGUUUGAUUUGGUAUCAAAUUAUGGCAGUGAAUUUCGUAAAAGUGUAAACAAAAUUGUAGAUUUUUGUUGUGCUAGAAAUGUUAAACGAUUCAGUCUAGUUUUAAGAGACUCAGAAGAUGACUGCAGAUUUUGGAUAUUCCAAAAUUCCUUUUACAUUAAUAAACACUUUACUGAUAUUAAUUUACGACACUGCUUAAUUUAUCCUUUUGUGACCAUUUCUUCGAACAACCUUAUAAAUCUAAGUAUUGGGGAGUCACAAAUACAGGGAAGUUUGAUAAAAAAAAACAUUCUAAGUGGUAGCCCAGUGCUGAAAAGUUUGACAUUUGAAUAUUGCAAAGCUUCAUUGCUUGAUAUUCAUUCAACUAGUUUGGAGAAUUUGCAAUUAAUUGGGUUUAGUUCUGAUGAAGAAGAUGAAGAUUUUGUUACUAUCAAAGCCCCUAACAUUAUGUCACUUAAGAUUGUUGGUAAAAUGUAUGUGUCGGAUAUAUUAUUGGAAGAUGUUUCAUCGCUGAAAGUUGCUAGUUUAGAUUUCUUAAUACCACGAAAUCUAGACACAAUUCACAAAAGAGAACAGAAAAAUGUUCUUAGAGGUCUCAUUCAAAGCUUACAACAUGUUGAACGUAUUCAAAUUGGAUAUUCAUGCAAUAAGGUUCUUUCUCGUCUUGAUGAAAAAGGAUUUAUGAAACUGAUGACAGUUAUAUGGGAAGUUCUGAUGACGAAUAAGUUAAAGUUGAAUAAGAAUGGAAAUCAUGUUUUUUUUGAAGUGGAUCUUGGUUUAACAGUCCAGGAAUUGGAAAAAGCGGAAGAAGAAGCUGGUUAUGGGAGUAUGUUUCUGAAGAUGAUGAAGAUGUUUUGA